AUGCUGUUGAUUUGUAUUUCAUUUACUCACGAAGCGCACGAUUCUGUUAACGAACGGAGCUCCAGAAUUAUGUCCGUAUUUAGAGAAACACUACCCGAUCUAUUAAAUAUCUGUACCAGCCUACUUCUCUCUCUCUCUUUCUCUCUCUCUCUCUCUCUCUCUCUCUCUCUCUCUCUCUCUCUUAGGUUUUCUUUCUCGGUUAAUUUAUCUCUUUAUCAAUUUCCCCUCUCUCAUUUUAAAGUAAAUAUCUGUACCCGCACACUUCUUUCUGUCUCUCUCUCUCUCUCUCUCUCUCUCUCACACGCUCGUUUUCGAUUUCCGUUCAAUUUCUCUUUGUCUCUCUCUUUUACUCUUUUUAAUUCUCACCCUAUUUCUUUCUCUUUGUCUCUUUCUCUCUUUCUCUCUAAGAGUAAAUACCACUCCCUGUCCACUUCUUUUUCUCUAUGUCUCUCUUACGUUUUCUUUCUCAGUUCUCUCUCUUACUUUCCCCUUCCUCAUUUUAACGUCACUAUUUGUACACGCCCACUUCUCUUUGUCUCCCUACCUCCCUCCUUCCCUCUCUCUCCCUCUCUCUCUUUCUAUCUCUCUCACUUGUUUUCGAGUCCCGUUAAAUGUCUUUUUUUUUACUCUCUCUCUAUAUAUAUACCAGUCCACAUUUCUCUUUCUUUCUUUCUGUCUCUCUCCCUCAAACUUACUCUUCUUUCUCUUUUUCUUUCUCCUCUUCUUUCUCUUUUUCUUUCUCCUCUUCUUUCUCUUUUUCUUUCUCCUCUUCUUUCUCCUCUUCUUUCUCUUUUUCUUUCUCCUCUUCUUUCCCCUCUUCUUUCUCUUUUUCUUUCUCCUCUUCUUUCUCCUCUUCUUUCUCCUCUUCUUUCUCCUCUUCUUUCUUUUUUUUUCUCCUCUUCUUUCCCCUCUUCUUUCUCUUUUUUUUUUCUCCUCUUCUUUUCUCUUUUCUUUCUCCUCUUCUUUCUCUUUUCUUUCUCCUCUUCUUCUCCUCUUCUUUCUAUUUUCUUUCUCCUCUUCUUUUCUUUUUUCUUUCUCCUCUUCUUACUCCUCUUCUUUCUAUUUUCUUUCUCCUCUUCUUUCUCUUUUUCUUUCUCCUCUUCUUUCUCCUCUUCUUUCUCUUUUUCUUUCUCCUCUUCUUUCUCUUUUUCUUUCUCCUCUUCUUUCUCUUUUUCUUUCUCCUCUUCUUUCUCCUCUUCUUUCUCUUUUCUUUCUCCUCUUCUUUCUCUUUUUCUUUCUCCUCUUCUUUCUUUUUUCUUUCUCCUCUUCUUUCCCCUCUUCUUUCUCUUUUUCUUUCUCCUCUUCUUUCUCUUUUUCUUUCUCCUCUUCUUUCUCCUCUUCUUUCUCUUUUUCUUUCUCCUCUUCUUUCUCUUUUUCUUUCUCCUCUUCUUUCUUUUUUCUUUCUCCUCUUCUUUCCCUCUUCUUUCUCUUUUUUUUUUUUCCUCUUCUUUCUCUUUUUUCUUUCUCCUCUUCUUUCUCCUCUUCUUUCUCUUUUUCUUUCUCCUCUUCUUUCCCCUCUUCUUUUCUUUUCUUUCUCCUCUUCUUUCUCUUUUUCUUUCUCCUCUUCUUUCUCUUUUUCUUUCUCCUCUUCUUUCUCCUCUUCUUUCUCUUUUCUUUCUCCUCUUCUUUCUCUUUUUCUUUCUCCUCUUCUUUCUCCUCUUCUUUCUCUUUUUCUUUCUCCUCUUCUUUCCCCUCUUCUUUCUCUUUUUCUUUCUCCUCUUCUUUCUCUUCUUCUUUCUCCUCUUCUUUCUCUUUUUCUUUCUCCUCUUCUUUCUUUUUUCUUUCUCCUCUUCUUUCCCCUCUUCUUUCUCUUUUUUCUUUCUCUUCUUUCUUUUUCUUUUUCUUUUCCUCUUCUUUCUCUUUUAUUUCUCCUCUUCUUUCUCUUUUCUUUCUCCUCUUCUUUCUAUUAUGCGUUUUUUUAAGUUCAUUUCUAAACUCUAUCUCUCUGUCACCCGUUUUCUUUCUCACUUAAUAUUCUCUCUCUUUUUACUCAAUACUCUCCCCUCUAUUUCUCUCUCUCUCUUUUUAUAG